AAGCUAUUUUCGUCCAAAAUCGCACAUUUGCCUAACGAAAGUAUGUACAUGACGUCAUGUCUAAAUAUCGAAAAUGAAACAAGCAAAAUCAGCAGUUCUAGCUGGUAUGGGAUUUACAUCGGGUUCUUUUUCAAUAUUCCAGCUGAAGAUGGAACAGUGAGGUUAUACUAUGUUCAUUUCAUGAUAUAUGGCACAAAACGUUCCAAUUAAACACGAUGAUGAUUACGUCGACUGCAGAACCAUGUUCAGUGUGUCCUCAGGAUAUUUUGGAAAACGGACGUAAGAAAUCAAAGAUGGCUGACCAGUCACGUCUGGCAAGUUUCUUUUCAUACCCUUAUACGUCUGGGGUAAGUGCAUUGGUGCUGGCAGAAGCAGGCUUUCAUUACGAAGGACGAAAUGAUGAGGUAAUGUGUCGUCAGUGUGGACUCAGGUACAGUGGAUGGCAAAAGGGAGAUGAUCCCAAAUGUAUACAUCUGAAAAAAUCUCCCAAUUGUCCAUUCUUUCAAUCCAAUGAACCUGAAGCUGGUGUUUAUGGAAACAGUCCUGAGACAGGAAAUAUGUUAAGGCCUGAUGCAAGACGUGGACCGGACGAAAUAGUGACAGAACGGAAAAACAUAAAACAGCAACACACAAAAAGCAGCACAUAUACCACAUUGAUAAACUUCCAGGAAAACGAGAAUAUUCCUGCAGCGGCCACACAAGUACCGAAAGUAGAAAAUGGAUUCAAAUUAGGUCAAGAUGUACCUGACAAUGCUGUACAUAGAGAGGAUACAGUAAAUUCGAUGACACGUUCCGACGUUUCCAACCUGAGAAAUGAAAACGAGGCGUUAGAACACUAUUCAGGAACGGAAGAUUCGGCGAUUACUACAGCUCCUAACGAGACACAAUCAGUAGAGCAAAUUGAUCAAAACAACAGAGAAGUCUUGUUUAAUACAGGUCACGACUCUGCAGGUCAUUCUGACACAAUAACAAUUCAGACAUCGACUGGAUCACUAGAGACAGUCUCACCGAAGUAUCAGCAGUUCGCUAUACUCGCCACCCGUCUUACCUCAUAUAGCCACUGGCCACAACAUCUCAAACAACGUCCCGAGGACUUGGCUAAAGCUGGUCUCUUUUAUGAAGGAACAAACGACUACGUAAGAUGCUUCCACUGCGCAGGCGGAUUACGUGAAUGGGACCCGGAAGAUGACCCCUUUUAUGAGCAUGCGCGCUGGUUCCCGUUUUGUCCGUUCAUGAGACUGGUCAAGGGCGACAAGUACAUAACGGGUGUUCAGUCUGGAACAAUCAAACCAACUGAUAUACAGGAUAACAAACUGAAGUUAGGACAAAGUAAGGAAUUAAACUUGUAUGACCAUCCGGCAGUGCUAAGCGUCAUGGCGAUGGGCUACACUAAAACUGUUCUGACAAAAGCAAUUACAAUCUACAGGAAACGCCAUGGAAUGGAUUUAAGUGCCGAAAAGUUAUUGCCUUUUGUCUGGGAAAUCACGGAAAACGGUACCACGGCCGUCAUUCCAGACGAGGAGGUUUCUGAAAAGGAACAGACCUACGAUAAUAAAACCGAAAUGCGAUGUGAAAGUAAAAGUGAUGUAACGGAACUAGUUACGGCAGCGGAAAGUACCAAUAAAGGUAUUGAUGAACUUACAGAGGAAAACCGGGAACUUCGUGAACAGAAGAACUGUAAGGUGUGUUUUGAAGAGGAGGCUAGUAUUGUUUUCCUGCCAUGUGGACAUUUGGUCACGUGUCCAUUGUGUGCCUCGGCCUUACGAAAGUGUCCAGUUUGUCGGACUUACAUCAGAGGCACGGUCAAGGCUAUCAUAUCGUAAUUCACCGGAAAAGUGAAAUUUUGACAGAUAUUAGUGUUUUUGAGUUCCAGUUCAGUGAUGGUAUGCUGGUCAGUGGAUAUCACACACGCCUUUAACUUGAUAUUGUGACAGAUAUAAGUCUAUUUAAGAUCCAGACUACAUUUCUGUAUCCAACCAUACGGAAACAGUUUUAUACUUCAGUGUAGUCGUCAUUUUUAUUAAAAUAAAUACUGAAUCAGGGUUCAGUGCCAUAUUCGGCCGUUUUACGCCCCUCACCGAAAAAGCAUAUGUUUGUAUGGUGAUACCUUUUGGUCUGACAUAAAUAAAUUGCAAUACUAGAAAAAAAGUUUGACCCCUUGGGAGAUAUUUGAGGUCAGUUGAGAGGUGGGUAAUGACAUCGUCCCGAUUUAAUGCCUACAGAUUUUAUUUUGUAGUAAUAGAUACAUUUUUAUGAACAGUGUUUAGGUUGAUGAAUACAUUGGAGAAAUAUCAACUAUAUAUUUACUUUCCCAUUGCUAGAAUAUUUCUAAUUUUCUGAUCCAAAACAUAAUUACUGCACGAAUAUUGUAUAACAAAGUGUGUUUUGUUGUUGUAUGGAAUGUAUCAAAAAUAUUGUAGGUACAUUAUCAAGUACUGGAGGUAAAUUAUAUGUAUACAAGUAGGAGACAAUAUAUCAGAACUUUAUAUCAGCUAACGUCGAGCCAUUUUUUUGUUAUUGUUUAAUACUUUUAGUGAUGUUUUAGUGCUCUUAAUAUAAACAUUUUUUUUUGAUAUUUGGUAAAUAUAAGUUAUCUUUUUAUGUACAGCUAGUCUACUUGUGACCAAUCUUCCGAUUUGAUUGUACAUUUACAUAGUGAAUGAGUUUACUUGAUGACAUCCGUUUGUUCUUGUUUUCAUGUUACAUAAGCACCGCAUCCAACCAUUCAUGCGCCAGAUUUGCUUUGACAAUACCAGCUAAUUAUUGAAGUGAAUCUUACUGUACAAAACGUAAUCCAGAGGUUGUACACUUAAACCGGCCUUGUGCGUUUAUCAGUCCAGAUUCGUCUUUGUGCACUAUCAACUCAUACGGACCGUACUGUGAUAAAUGCUCUGCCAUAUUAGCCUUUGUGCACUAUCAACUCAUACGGACCGUACUGUGAUAAAUGCUCUGCCAUAUUAGCCUUUGCUUACUUCAACUGUUUCAUCGGCAACAGAACAGUGUCCUAGUAUGAAGCAAAGAGUGUUUUGGAACAGACAGUGAAAUUGUUUCGGAUAGCCAUCGCUUCUGCUGAUAUCCUGAAGACCAAGAUGAUAUGGAACAAAUGUACACAUUAAUACUGAUUUUAUUGAUAGUCAGACUGUGACCACUCUCCCGAAUGGAUUGCGCAUUAACAGAGUGAAUUAACUUAUGCGACAUAUGUUUGCUCUUGUUGUUUUCGUGACGUUCAUACGAAAGAUACCACACACCUGAAGUCGCAUGAGCAUAGCAUCUUACCGCUCGUGUUCCAUACUUCCGCUUAAUCUGAUAUUGAUGCUUAAAAGGGAAGAUAGAUAAGAUAAAGAAAAUUCUGGUCUGAAUUUGAUCCAAAGCAGGGCUAGCGCAAGUCGAGGACUACGAAUAGAAAAUGUGUUAAAAUCGUUGUAAAAAGCUCUUAGAACUGAUGUGUUCUAGACCGGUCAGAUGAUGGUAAUCUGCAUCUCUCAGUCCGUCUGAAGAUUACAUGUCCUUUCUUGGAUGUCCUACCUGCCCUUCUCCAAAGCCUUUGAAUCACUGAUGUUUCUAUUCCAGAUGACACUUGAUUUGGAGUACAUUUUGAAUGAAAACUAAAUCUUGGAUUACGUCUAUGAGAAGAUGAGAAGAAGUGUAGCUGAUCCGAUAAAUAUGUUUGUUUUGCAUUUCUGCGGUAAGCUUGUUUUUAUUUUUUGCAAUUGGUUGCUUUACAGAUAAAGCACUUCGACUCCGAGAAUGACGCCCGAGGUAUUUCAAGUGAAAUCUUCUUUAUCCUUACACUGUGGUAUACUCGUCCGAUUCCGAAUCUGAGUGAUGAUUUCGAUGUAUGUAAACAUUUCCUUUGCAUUAUUUGCAAACCAUGUCACCUUUCCUGAAAGAAUUUUUGAUGUUUAUUUGAAGAUAUAAAAGGAUAUUCCAAUUACGUAAGCACUUAAUGGAACAUUAUUACGCCCCCCCCCC